CUCGCCUGGUCCGUGCCAAAAACAGAGCACGCUUACACUCACACGCGUGAGAAUUCCAACCUCCCCGCCUCCUCCUCACAUGCUCGCACGCUUUCUCCCUACUCCUCCUCCGCCCCCGACCCGACCCGACCGUCGCCGCCCUCUUCCGUCCUCCUCUCUCCGGGGCCCGGUUCGUUUCGGUUAAACCAACCUGCGCUAGGUCUCCGGCCGCCGGAAUUUCGAGUUUCUGGAGAAGAAUUGAGCACGGAUCGGGUGCUUUUAGCUCCGAAAGAGCACGAGGAAGUGGAAUCGGAGGAGUUUUUGGCCGGAGUAGAGUCAAUUGGAGGUUCAGUGAUCUGAGCUGAGCUGAAUUUUGAAGGAUUGUGGAAGCAUUGGUGGAAAGGAUUAAGUUUUUGAUGUAAUUACGCGGUAAUGAUCAGGUUUAUGAGAAGAGGAUAAAGGAACGAGGAUAAUUUCAGGGGUUGAUAGUGUAGGUUUUGAGGGGAUUAUGGCGACAGAUAUGCAGAGGUUAAUUGGGACGAGUGAAGAAGAUGAUGAGGAAGAAAUGGACAUGGAUGUGAAAGAAGAGGGAGAUGGUGAUGAUGACGAAGAUGUUGAGAAGCAUGUUGAUUCGACCCCGAUGAUGAUCGGGGUUGAUGGAGGGAUGGCAACAAGUAGUUGUAAUAAUAACCGGUUUCAACAGCACCAGCAAAUGCAAGAAGUGGGGACCCCUGGUGGGGGAGGAGCUAGGAGGUGUAGACCGUUAGAAGAGAAAGAGAGAACCAAGAUAAGAGAGCGGCAGCGCAGGGCGAUCACUGCAAAGAUCUUAGCAGGGCUACGGAGGCAUGGAAAUUAUAACCUCAGAGUCAGGGCUGAUAUCAAUGAUGUAAUUGCGGCUUUGGCUAGGGAAGCUGGCUGGGUUGUUCUUCCGGAUGGAACCACUUAUCCUUCAAACUCUCAGGGCCCAAGGCCUGCUGGUGUCAGUUCUACAGCGGCCACUUCAUCAUCUUCCCAAAUGAUGUCCCAAACAACUCCGGUGUCCCUUAAAGGAGUUACCUCUAGCUAUCAAAGCUCUGUGGAGCAUAAUGCAGGUCACAUGAAAAGUGUUUUUAUGCCUGCUUCAUCACCUUAUGAUCUUCCAUCAAUCAUCACGGGAGAUGGAGGAGAUCAAACACAGAGUCAUCCUCUUAUUGGUGGCUCCAUGGAUAAUGUUGGGGACAAGCAGAUUGUUGACGUGCCCCAGAAGUUACCAGAACGUGAUUUUGCCAACACGGCUUACAUUCCAGUUUAUGUUAUGCUGCCAUUAGGUGUCAUUAAUAUGAAGUGUGAACUGGUUGAUCCAGAUGGUCUAUUAAAGCAGCUAAGGGUAUUGAAAUCAGUUAAUGUUGAUGGUGUUAUGGUUGAUUGCUGGUGGGGGAUAGUAGAGGGACAUGCUCCACUGGAGUAUAACUGGAAUGGAUAUAAGAGACUCUUUCAGAUGGUGCGCGACCUAAAGCUGAAGUUGCAGGUUGUGAUGUCAUUUCAUGAAUGUGGAGGCAAUGUGGGUGAUGAUGUAUGUAUCACACUACCCCAUUGGGUGGCUGAAAUUGGUAGAAGUAACCCUGACAUAUUUUUCACUGAUAGAGCAGGAAGACGUAACCCUGAAUGCCUAUCAUGGGGAAUAGACAAGGAACGAGUUUUAAGAGGCCGGACUGCUGUUGAGGUAUACUUUGACUGCAUGAGAAGCUUCCGUGUAGAGUUUGACGAGUUCUUUCAAGAUGGCAUUAUCUCCAUGAUUCAAGUUGGACUAGGUCCAUGUGGCGAACUAAGAUUCCCAUCUUGUACUGUAAAGCAUGGUUGGCGAUAUCCAGGCAUUGGUGAAUUUCAGUGUUACGAUCAGUAUUUGCUGAAAAGUCUGAGAAAGGCAGCAGAAGCAAGGGGACACUCCUUCUGGGGUAGAGGUCCAGAUAAUGCAGGUUCUUAUAAUUCGCGGCCACAUGAAUCCGGUUUCUUUUGCGAUGGAGGAGAUUAUGAUGGCUACUAUGGCAGGUUCUUCCUUAAUUGGUACUCCCGAAUUUUAGUUGAUCAUGGUGAUCGAGUGCUUUCUCUAGCAAAGCUAGCGUUUGACGGCACCUGCAUUGCUGCAAAGCUAUCAGGUAUUCACUGGUGGUACAAGACACCUAGUCAUGCUGCUGAGCUGACUGCUGGCUUCUAUAAUCCAUGCAACCGAGAUGGUUAUGCUGCAAUUAUGAUGAUGCUAAAGAAGCAUGGUGCUUCUUUAAACCUUGUAUGCACUCAAUUGCAUAUGUUAGACCAGAAUAUUGACUUCCAAGAGGCAAUGGGAGAUCCUGAGGGUUUAUUUUGGCAAGUGCUGAAUGCUGCAUGGGAUGUUUGCGUACCAGUUUCUAGUGAGAAUGCACUUUUAUGUGAGAAUGCUCUUUUAUGUCAUAGUCGUGUCGGAUACAACAAGAUAUUGGAUAAUUCCAAGCCCUUGACUGAUCCAGAUGGAAGGCAUUUGUCAUCUUUUACCUACCUUAGGCUCAGUCCGCUUCUAAUGGAAAGACAUAACUUCAUGGAAUUUGACCGAUUUGUUAAGAGAAUGCAUGGGGAAGCUGUUCUUGAUCUACAUGUAUAGCAAGUAGAGACAGUCCAGAUAGUGACUAUUGAUUGCUAUUAAAGGAAGAGAGGUUUCUCUAGGUAGUGUAUUAUUCAGUAUAAACAUUUAUUGUAGCCCACGAAAUGUUGGGUUCCCAUUAUUCCAGAUGAGGCUGUUAGUCAGUUAAUACAGUUGAUAGGACAGUGACCAACAAUGAGAUUGAACUAUUCUGUAAUCAGACAACACAAAGCGUGACUAGUAUGUAAGAGUAAUUUAAAUGUAAAAUCCUAGUCAUUUGCACAGUUGGUGCUAGAA